UAACUAUUCAGUACUUUUUUGUUUGAGCAAAUUAUUCAGUAUAUACGUAUGAUAAUUGGAAAUUUCUAUUCAACCAGAAACCCGAAGGAUGUGUAGACAAACAUCAGUAGUUGGUAUUCUCUUCUGUAUCCUCCUUCUUGUAGGUCCUGCAGCCUGCCGGAGGCCCCAUGUCAUCAACUUCCGAUCGGAGAAUCUCUUCCCGGAAUCCUUCACGUGGGAUCCAAAGUCCCAGCACUUUAUCCUCGGAUCUCUUCGCUACCCAAAGCUUGUCUCCGUCUCCGACGCCGGCGUCUCUGAAACCCUAAUCUCCGACGCCUCGCUCCCCCCAAAUUCGUCGAUCCGGGGCAUCGCCCUAGACCGCAUCCACUACCGCAUCCUCGCCGUCGUUCAUCGCCCUCCGUCCUCUGCCUCUACCGAACCCUUCAACGCCCUCGCCGCCUACGACCUCAUCUCCCUCCGCCGCCUCUUCCUCACGUCUCUAAUCGACGAGGACGGCAAUAACCCCAUCGCCUCCGUCACCCAUGAUCCAGAAUCCUCCGAACCCUCAUCCGUCGCGAGCGACGUGACAACCGAUUUUUCCGGCAACGCGUACGUCACCGACUCCGGGAGAGAUCUCAUCUGGAAAGUGAACAUCGACGGCGAAGCUUCCGUGCUCUCCAGAUCGAAAGCGUUCGAAUCAGUUGACCGUGUGGUUGACUGUAACAAUUGCGGCUUAAACGGCAUCGUUUACAACUCCAAAGGGUAUCUCCUCGUGGUCCAAUCAAACACCGGGAAGCUCUUCAAAGUCGACGUGGACACCGGCAGGGCGAAGGCCGUUCUUCUGAACCAGGUCCUGACGGCGGCCGGCGGGAUCGCCUCCAGACGCGACGGCGUGGUGGUGGUCGUGAGCCGCCAGAAGAUGUAUUUCCUGAAGAGCCACGACAGCUGGAUGGAGGGAGCGGUAUAUGACGAAACUGCCCUCGUAGAAGAGCGAUUCGCUUCCGCAGUGACGGUGGGGGAGGAAGACAGGGUAUAUGUGUUAUACGGUCAUAUCCAUGAGGGCAUGGCGGUAAAUGCAGAGAGGGGUGAGUUCGGGAUAACGGAGAUAGAGUCGGCGAAGGAAACCAGUGAAGAUAACGUUUGGAUUUUUGUGCUUAUUGGUUUGGGUUUGGUUUACUUUAUGUUCUGGAGAUUUCAAAUGCGGCAUCUAGUUGAUAGCAUGAACAAGAAAAGAGCUUAAUUAAUUGAAAAUUUAAUUAAUUUUUUCUUUCUUCAUAUUGUAAUGUGUACUGCUGUAUUAGAGUAAUUAGACUAGCUAAGCUUUUUUUUCUUUCUUCAUUUUGUAAUAGAGUGAUUUUUUCCCCAGAGAAAGGGUAGCUAAGCCAUUUUUGUUCUUUGGACUAUUGUCAAUCAUUGAUAAUCUCAAUCAUUAUUUUGUUCUUUCAUAAUUAAAUCUAUAGAUUCAAUCAAUUCAUC